GGAAACACCGAAAUGUUUGUACUGAAGGUUUUUUACUGUUUCUCGCUGAAAUAAUCGCCAGGCUGGAACGGGAACAAGGUCACACAAAGCAACUGAAAGCAUGAGGUCACGAUCUCUGUGACUGACAGCGAGUGAAAGACAACACUGCACACGGAUGGGGAAGUACAUCUUGUCAGCUUUCCCCUGCAGAGCUGCAGCCGAGCGACAGCAGCCAGGAGCAGAAAAUAAAGAGCCUCUACCCGAAGCAGCACAGAUCACCUGUGAGGACAGAGGAGAAACACACCUGUUGGCAUACAGGGGCAGCGUGAGACCUUUCGUCAACUUCAACGCCAAACACGAUGCUGAAAUCCUCCACAAAGCCAUGAAAGGAAUCGGUACGGAUGAAGAUGCGAUCCUCAUGCUUCUGACCGCGCGCAGCAACGAUCAACGCCAGCAAAUUAAGGCAGCGUACAAGAAGGCCUACGGAAAGGACUUGGUCAACGCUCUGAAAUCGGAGCUCGGCGGGCUGUUUGAGAGUCUGAUCGUGGCCCUGAUGACCCCACCUACCUUAUAUGACGCCUCCAAGCUGCACAAAGCUCUCAAGGGUGCCGGGACUGAUGACGACGUGCUGAUUGAGAUCCUGGCCUCCAGGACCGGCGAACAGAUGAAAGACAUCGUCAAAGUUUACAAGAAAGAGUUCAGCAGCAAGCUGGAGAAAGAUAUCUGCGGUGACACCUCGGGGCACUAUCAGAAGCUGCUGGUGAUCCUCCUGCAGGGCAGCAGGGAGGAGGGAGUAAACGAGGAGAAGAUCGAGAAGGACGCCAAGGACUUGUAUGCUGCUGGUGAGGGCAAGUUUGGCACAGACGAGGAAAAAUUCAUCACAAUUCUUGGCAACAGGAGCGCAGAGCAUCUCAGAGAAGUGUUUGAUGCCUAUAAGAAACUCUCUGGCUCCGAUAUAGAGGACAGCAUUAAGGGAGAGACCACUGGGAAUUUGGAGGACUUACUGGUAGCUGUUGUGAAAUGUGUCAGGAGUGUCCCAGAGUUCUUUGCUGAUGGCCUGUACAGAUCUAUGAGGCGCGCUGGAACUGAUGACGACACCCUGAUGAGAAUAAUGGUGUCGAGGAGCGAGGUGGACAUGUUGGACAUCAGAGCCAUCUUCAAAAAGAAGUACGGAGCGUCUCUUUACAACACGAUCCAGGAGGACACAGCCGGGGACUACCAGAAGGCUUUGCUCUACCUCUGUGGUGGGAAUGAUUGAUGCUGUUAGGAUGUGUAGCAGCACUGACUGAUGAGCCGCUGUGGUGCGGCCAGACGAAGCCUCACGUCAGAUGAGGUUAUUGAUCCAGAGUUGUUCAUUCUUUUUGACUUUAGCUCACUAUUGAUAGAAUUAGUGUGAAUUUCCCACUCGUCAUUUUCGACUUACGAUGAUAUCUCUCUUGCGUUAACUCCAGUUAGAGCGCACUACCUUAAAAAUGUUUUGUUUCUGUUUAAUAUUUGACAUUUAAACAGAAAAAAGCUCUAUGAGUACAUACACAUGCUAUGCUUCAAUUAUUGUGUUACCUUAAAAACCUAAAUAGUUUUUGCUGUGGCCCUAUUUUUUGUCAUUUUACACGUAGUUGUUUUUAGUGCUCGCAGCAUGUGUUAAAUGCAACUUAGAAAAUACAAUACUGCUGCUGAUUUAUUAAACGCUACAUGUCGACAGCUCUCCUGCUCUCAUUAAUUACAAAUGAACUGCUGAUCCGGACUUGAAUUACAAUGCGGCUGUCAGUGAUCAGUGAGUAAUGGGACACUAUUAGACAUUUGUUGACUCAUAUAAAGACAUACUGCUGCCCCCGUGUCUUUCUGCAUGGCAGCACCGGAUGUCAAACAAAUUGGAUGUUUAGAUCAAGAGAU